AAAAAAGAGAGAACCAUUUCAGGAAAGGCACAUUGAUGUAAGGAAAAAGACAACACAGGAAGAAGUAAUAACAGUCCAAGAAGUGCUAUGGCUGUAAGCACAUUGAUUCAAGCCCCCUUGAUGGGAAAGGACUUCCUUCAGUCCUCACACAUUCCAUUUUGGGGCGGCGACAGUUGCGAUGGCCUUGACAAGGCAUUUAAAACCACCUUCCAGAUGGACUUCAACUCCUUUGCCACCCUUCCCAAGAGAUUCGCCAUCUCUCGCCCCAUCCCUGCCCAGGUUGAGCACAAAGACCUGCGUCGGAUCAAGGAGUAUCUGACCGAAGCGGUCAAGUCAUAUCCCCACCACCCACAGAUCCCCCUCAGCCGCACACCUGCUUGGGCUAAGCUGUGCACCAACUUCCAGAUGCAUAAAGACCCCAGGCAGGUCAACUUCCUCACCACCCAGGCAGAGGGCUUUCAGCACCUGGCCUCAACCCACACCAAACCCAUCCGGCCAGUCAUGGCCAUUAAGAAGAAACAGCUGGAGGAGAAGCUUCCUAUGACCACUCAUAAAGCUUCAUUCACCCCAUACAAUGUGUCUCACAUUGUCAAGGCCAAGGUCAAACACCUAGGGCGAGAACCCACCUUUAAAUGGGACAGGGAUGGCCAACACUUUGACUCCCACCACAACGAUGCAUUCCAGGGACAAUGGCACAGCCCACCUCAACCUGUGGAGAAGCGGAACCACAGAGAGCGGCCGGUGCAUUUCAGUGGAGCCAACGUGAGGACCAGGAGCAAUGUGGAGUUGGGCAGACCCAGUCUGGGAGGCCUGUUCUACAGCACCGCAGCCCAGGAAGACUACCCCAAGAGGGACAUAAAUCGAGCUAGGCCGCAUACCCAUCCCUCUGGCCAUGUGCUGACUGGCCAAGGAUUUGCAGAAGUCUACCGCCGUUUCAUUCGGGGUUACAGCACCCUGGCAGCCCCCCUCUCGGCACUCACUUCUUUCAAAGUACCAUUCAAAUGGUCUCCUGCUCUCAAAGCCUUUGUGGACCUGAAGCAUCGGUUCACAACAGCACCCAUCCUCAUCCAUUCGGACACGUCGCGUCAAUUUGUGGUUGAGGUGGAUGCAUCUGAUGUUGGAGUGGGGACCAUCCUGUCCCAGCGAUCUGCCCAGGACCAAAAGCUUCAUCCCUGUGCCUUCCUGUCCCAUCGUCUCAAUUCUGUAGAGAGGAACUAA